UUAUUGUUUCUGUUCUGCUAAAGCAAACACAAAUUUUUAAAAGACUUGUAUAUAAAGCACAAGCACCAAAACUUUGUAAAGAACUUUCAAAACUCCUUUUUUUUUUUCUUGGUAUUGUUUUCCAUCAUGGUUCUUUUGGUUCCAAAGAUUGGCAAACUCUAUACCAAACAGGAAAGUCAUCAUCUUGGCUGCAAGUCAGAAGCUUUAUCAUCUGCUUUAGAGGCUUUUAGAUCCGAUGUUUCGAAUGGUUUGAACAAGCUGUCAGUGAAUUCAAAACCCAGGUUGGAAAUUCUAUCAUUUUCAUGGAUUCAGCAAUGUUUUGAGCUCAUCAACAUCAUCAACAAAGCUUUUGCCAAACUAGUUGUGGACAUAGACUGUCCUAUGAACAAAUGGGAAGCUGCUUCUGUGGAAGAAUAUCUGAAAUACAGCUUGAAUUUGCUGGAACUUCUCAAUUCAAUUAGUUUAUCUAUUUCAAAUCUUGGACACUCCAGGCUUAGAAUCUCUCAUGCUUUGAGCCUUGUGGAGGAAUCUCCUUCUUUGGCUAUAGAGAGUCUGAAAGCAAGUCAUACUAUGAAUUCCAGCAAGGAAUUCAAAAGGAAUAUGAAUAAAGAAGAUGGAAAAGAAAAGUCUUACUCAGGAAAGGAAAGAGUCAUCCAUGAAGCUAUGAUUGUUAUGGAGAGCAUGGGAUUUUGGAUAUGUGGGAUUUUGCUAUCUGGUAUAUGUGGGGAUGAAAAGCCAUACUCAGAGAUGAGAAAAUUUUCCAGUCGGUUGGUAGUUUUUUCUUCAUUUCCGAGAUUAGAUUCGAGUAUUUGCGAGGCAAUAAUGGAGAAAAAGAGUGAGUUGGUAGAGUUGAAAGAGCUUAAAGAUGCAGAGGCUUGCCUUGUUGCUGCUAUAACCAUAGGGAAGUACAGAGAUGGAGCUGAGGAAUUGCAAAGAAGAUUAGAGAAAUUUGAGAAGCUGCUGGAGGGUUUAGGUAAGGAAGUAGAUCAUGUUUUCAAGGAGGUUUUGAAUGGAAGAAACCAAUUGCUCAAAAGCCUGCAACAGAGAAAACAAUAAUUUUCAAUUGCUUUAGCUUUUCUUUGUACAAAAAUUUAAUGUUUUAUCUUUCUAUGUAUCUUAUUUGUUUUGAUUGGAAUCGUGUAUAAUCUUCUUCCUCAUAGAAAGACCUUCCAUAUUCUGAAAAAUAGCUAAUAUUCAUGGUGUAAAAUGAUUUUGUGAAUUACCCAAAAAAAAAAAAAAAUGAUUGAUCUUGUGGUUU